GCAUUAGCUGAUGAGACAGAGUUUGUAAGAGAUACAGCUUUACGAGCUGGUCAGAGAUUGAUUAGUCUGUUUGCUGAUACAGCUAUAGAAGUAUUACUACCAGAGUUAGAGAAAGGAUUGUUCUCAGAUAACUGGAGAAUUAGAUACAGUUCUGUACAAUUACUGGGAGAUUUACUAUUCAAGAUAUCAGGUAUGUUUGAUCCAACAAUAUCAUAUAGUCCAACAAUAUUAUAUAGUCCAACAAUAUCAUAUAGUCCAACAAUGUUAUAUAGUCCAACAAUAUCAUAUAGUCCAACAAUGUUAUAUAGUCCAACAAUAUCAUAUAGAGUCUCACAUUGGGUGUUGUUAACUUCUUAA